AUGCCACCCUCAACCACCGCAUCGACACCACUCACCCCCUCAGCCGUGUCUACACUCAUCGAACACUCGGCUGCCAAAUCCGCCGCCGAGUCCCUGGCAAUCACCGUCCUACACAACCUGCAGUACCAGCACGAAUGGACAGAUCUCAAGCUCCACCUCGCCUGCCCCAGUAUCACUCCUGGCGACGCCCAUGCCUCUGCAGGGCUCAUUGACUUGGACGGGAUCCACUUUGUGCAUUCGAGUAAUUCCUCCAGGUCGACUUCUCCGUCGAGGUCGGGCUCAUCCACGCCGACUGGGAAUGGAGUUUCGUCAUCACAGCCAUUCAUCCAGCCACUCCCACUGGCGAGUUCUCCCGGAGGCACCGUUCCCAUAAUCUCUGGCCUCCCACCCCAGCACACCUACCUCCAUCCGGACCUGCAGACGUACCUGAUCAAGCACAAGAUCAAGGAGUCGGAUAUCCAGGUCCAAAGGGAGUUUGUGCUGCCGCUCGCAAUGGGCGAGAAAUGGUCCUUGGCGAGGCUAUGUGGUGUGUUCGACCAGUUGCCCGAGAGGGAGAGUGUCAGGGUCCGCCGUCCUAUGUCCCCAACUGGAGGGAACCCAGGGGAGAGGCGCAGUAAGGUUGGUGAAACUGCCAACGAGAGCGGCUCGGCCGGUGCAGUGUACGAACACAAGGACUCCAAAAGGGUGCUCUGUGGCAUGCGCGCUCGCGAAGGCGGAGGCGGCGACGGCACCAUCGUCUACUACAUCAUGCAAGAAGGGGAGGUUAAACCGCGGCAGAACGGAUGA